AUAAAUCCUUAAUCAUUAUUGUGGCCAAGAUAAGGAUAAAGCCAUUGUUGUCAUAUCCUUGACUAAAACGUCAGAUUAAAACGAUUGUAAUCCGCUCAUUUUUUUUCUUUCUUUUUCUCAUGGAUCUCUUUGACAUCAAGUCUCCACAUAAUAAAUACGUGCAAGUAGCAUGGUAUGGGUCUAUAUAUAUGCUUACUAUUUUCUUAUGUAAAAAAAUUAGGAAUGCUGCCACUGUAGGCUCUAACUCUAAGGUUAAAAAAGGACUACUCAAGAAGACCAACAUUCUAUCUUUUGACGUGCCUUAUUUUUGUGAAUUGCUGUUGGAGGAUGAAGCUCAGUGUAUGUUGCUGAAAACAAAGGCUCAUUUAUUAUUUGGUAUCUUGAAUAUAUGGAAAUAUAAGACACACUUUCUAUAUGAGGAAUCGAUGCUUCUUUAUAACAGAAUAAAGAAUAGCUUGAGAAAUACAAAACAAUCCUGCAAUAUCAAUAUGGAAAAACCCAUCGCAAGUUUUCUAUCAUUACCUGAUAGAGAAGACCUUUACGAAUUUCGAUCACUCCAGGGGCCAUUUUCUGAUCUUCUCGAGAUCAACCCUGUGGGUUUCAUCCCAGUUAAGCAAAGUGUAUCUUCUAUUGUACAAGCCAAUACGCCAUUUUCUAUUGACCUCCAGGACAUUCAGCCCUUCAACCCUGGAUUCAUUGGCCUUGACCCUAUGCAUUUGAACGGCCAAGAGUCAUUCUAUCAGCAAACCAUGACUGAAGAACACCAACAGACACUUAUACUGGACAAUGUUGAUCCUGACUUGGGUAUCAAUGAUUACAAUUUUCCCUCGUCUCCGAUAGAUGGCUAUCAGACGUUAUUAAGUGUUGAUAAUAUACCAUCGCCGAGACAACCUCCAUCUAACUCUCUUCACUCAUCUUCAAAUGCUACUGGUUCAACAAGAAGACACAGUGGCUCAGGAGAUCUUGUUUAUGCGCCCAGGCACCAUCCCUCUUUAAUCCUUGAAGAAGAUGAAGUACGUAGCCAAAUGUCAGUGUCCACCGAAAUGCUCGAUGUCCUAGUAACCGACAGUGAACUUGUUAUUACAGAGCCAAUGAAAAGAAACAGACGAAAGAGGACGAUGAUUGAUAGUGUAGAAGCAACAAUGAUGCCUAUUUCGGACUAUGCCCAUACAGAGAGAAUUGUCGUUCAGACUCAUCCGGCAAAAGUUCAAAAGAGACAGAGAGUGAAUGAAUUUAGAUCGCUCAUGCUAACUCCUGCUGCUGCCUGGUUAUUUCCGGAGCAACCAUUUAGUUAUCGCCGUAUACGUCGUGAGUCGAGUGCCACGGUAUAUACAAGAAUGAUUGAAAGGUCAAGAUAUGCUCGUCGUAGUAGCAGCACACCCAGAAGCUAUCCCCCUUCCGUCACGGGUGGUUCGACAGUUAGGUCGACGUCAGAUUUGACAACUCCUGAAUUACAAUUAUAUGAAUUUAGAGAAAAUGACGUCCAUCCGAUGUUAUUUGAACAAUUCGAGAUGGAUUAUGAUCAAGACAGUAUCUUGUUGGAUCAUUUCGAAGCCAUCGAUCUUAACAGAGAUUCGAAUCAAGAAGAAUUCUUUAUAGAGGAGUUACGAUUAUUUUUGGUAGAUGAUGUAUCAGAUGUUAACUUGGAUGACGUGUUUCAGUUGAAAACGAUUUCUCAGAUUGCUCAAGGGUUUUUCAAUGUCUUGGGUAAAGUAAAUUAUCUUUUUAAAAUACUAAAUAUUCAUUAUCCUUUAGAACUAGCUACAAAAAACAGAAUAAAACUCGAGCAGACUGAAGCUUAUGGACCAAUCAUUGUUCAAUUUAUAUAA